UGAAGAACAUGCCUACGAUUUGGGUCUGUGUGUUUGUGUGUGUGCGCGCGUGUGUGUGAUGUGUACAGGUCUCACUGUGAUAAUUCAAACUCCUUUGCCCUGCCACAGGUUCCAGGGUACCCGGGACAACAGGUGUAUAGCAUCAUACCUGAUUUUAUGCUGGGAAUGGCACCCAAGGUUACAGAUAUGCUAAGUAAGCACCCUAUUACCUGCGCUACAGCCUCAGGUGGAAAUCUCUUUAAAAACAGGUAUUUUCAUUUCGUUCAGCCACACCCACCCUCCACAUCCUUUCCCACAGACUGCGCGCCAGGUGCCUCACUCACCCAAAACCUCCCACCAGACCGCUUUGAGGCCACCUGGCUAAGUACGGUUACGAAACGCUCAGAUACCAACGCUCGGGACCAGGCCCGGCUUGAGCCAGUGCGUGUCGAGCGUGUCUCCCUCCCCGUCACCCGCGAGCCCUGCGCUCCGCGGUCCAGCCAGUAGCCUCCGAGCCGCGCGCGUCCGCUACCCCGCCGCCUGCCACAAGUACUUCCGGGUGAGCGGGUCGCCGGCCGGUGGCCCCGCCCCUCUGCCCCGCCACCGCCGCAGCUGCAGCCGCUGCUCGGGCUGCGGCUCGUCCCGGGUCGCGUUCGCUGUGUCGGCCGCGGGGCGAAGGGCGCGCUCAGUGUGACUCCACGACCGGCCGCGGCGCGAGGAGCCCUUCUUUUUGUCUCCCUGCGGCCCGCGGGGUGGACGGUGCGGGGGGGUGCAGAGUGUGGCCGGCGCUCUCCUCUCCCGGCUCCCGGGCGGCCGCUCCGGCCCUUCCGGGCGGCGCCGCAGCCUCAUCCCGCGCCACACGCAGAUGUGGGAAGACAAAUGAAGGGAUUUAGAAGCCAAGUAAAUGUCAUUGGGAAGGAGAGCUACCACCACUGAGUGCUGAACAGUAAACUCAUUUUUCAGAGUUAAAAAAUUAUUUAAAAAAACAAGAUGGGGACUCCUGGUUCUGGAAGGAAAAGAACGCCGGUAAAAGAUCGAUUUUCUGCAGAAGAUGAAGCUUUGAGUAACAUCGCCAGAGAGGCAGAAGCAAGGCUAGCAGCAAAGCGGGCCGCCAGGGCAGAAGCAAGAGACAUCCGCAUGCGGGAACUGGAACGACAGCAGAGAGAGCCUUCUCAUCAUCAUUCCUUUGACCGGAAAUGGGGAGAGAUUCACAAGUGGCUGGAAGAUUCAGAAAGGGCCAGGUACUCUCACCGGUCUGGUCACCGCCGUCCUUACCUGGGAGUUGAGGAUACAUUGUCUCUUCGGAGCCUUGGCAGUCACAGGAGUUCAUCGAAGGAUAUUACUGGAACACACUGGAGCAGAGCCAGUACGCCCAAGAGGAGAGACAUGAUGUAUGAUACCAUCAAGGACAGACCAUCAAGAGUUUCGUCAUUAAAUCAUUCUUACAGUCACACCCAUGGGACGAAGAAGCGAUCCUCUAGUUCUUAUAAAGAUCCACUGAGUGGCCUCUACUUUGACCAGAGAAACUAUAGCAGUCUUAGACAUAGCAAACCUGCCUCUACCUACUAUUUACGGUCUUCUUCCCUGUGCAGUGAGCCGAUGGGGACACCCAAGAGUCAGAGCAGGGCCUCCCCUACUGUAACUUCUGGUCUGCUGAGGAGUACCAGUCUGGCAUCUCUGUAUGAUGGCGGAUUAUAUAACCCUUAUGGUUCUCGAACUCCGUCCGAAUACAGUUACUACUCAUCCAGGGCAAGUUCCUCCAGAAGCAGUCCUGUGCCCAUCGAUGAUGAUACCGCAAGCAUUGUGUCUUCUGAUCGUGCCAGUCGUGGGCGAAGGGAGAGUGUGGUGAGCAUGGUUUCUGCUGCUGAUUACUUUAGUCGCUCCAAUCGUAGGGGAAGCGUUGUCUCUGAGGUGGAUGAUGCCGGCAUCUCAGACUUGACUAGCUUGGAUGAAAAAUCUGACAAACAGUAUGCUGAAAACUACACAAGACCUUCAUCUCGAAAUUCUGCCUCGGCUACAACGCCUCUAAGUGGGAACUCAUCCAGACGGGGUAGUGGGGACACCAGCAGCUUAAUAGACCCAGACACCUCACUGAGUGAACUGCGGGACAUCUAUGACCUGAAGGACCAGAUUCAUGAUGUAGAAGGGCGGUACAUGCAGGGCCUUAAGGAACUGAAGGAGUCUUUGUCUGAAGUAGAAGAGAAAUACAAGAAAGCCAUGGUGUCCAAUGCACAACUAGACAAUGAGAAGAACAAUCUGAUCUACCAGGUGGACACCCUCAAGGAUGUCAUUGAAGAGCAGGAGGAGCAGAUGGCAGAGUUUUAUAGAGAGAACGAAGAGAAGUCAAAGGAGUUAGAAAGGCAGAAACACAUGUGCAGCGUGCUGCAGCAUAAGAUGGAUGAACUCAAAGAAGGCCUUCGGCAGAGGGACGAGCUCAUCGAGGAGAAUCAGCGCCUCCAGCAGAAAGUAGACACCAUGACAAAAGAGGUGUUUGACCUCCAAGAGACCCUGCUCUGGAAAGAUAAAGCACUUGGGGCCCUAGAGAAACAGAAAGAACACAUUGCCUGCCUCAGGAAUGAGCGAGAUGUGCUCAGAGAGGAGCUGGCUGACCUGCGGCAGACAGUGACGACAGCAGAGAAACAUGGCUUAGUUAUAAUCCCAGACAGCACUCCCAAUGGUGAUGUCCAUCAUGAGCCUGUGGUUGGAGCCAUUACUGCUGUGUCUCAGGAAGCUGCUCAGGUCUUGGAGUCAGCAGGAGAAGGGCCACUAGAUGUGAGGCUACGAAAGCUUGCUGGAGAAAAGGACGAGCUCUUGUCACAGAUUAGAAAACUGAAGCUCCAGUUAGAGGAAGAACGGCAGAAGUGUUCCAGGAAUGAUGGCAUGUCCGGGGACCUGGCAGGACUGCAGAACGGCUCAGACUUGCAGUUCAUCGAGAUGCAGAGAGAUGCCAAUAGACAAAUUAGUGAAUACAAAUUCAAGCUUUCGAAAGCAGAACAAGACAUAGCUACCUUGGAACAAAGUAUCAGCCGGCUUGAGGGGCAGGUGCUGAGGUACAAAACUGCUGCUGAGAAUGCAGAGAAAAUUGAAGAUGAGCUGAAAGCAGAAAGGAGGAAGCUACAGCGAGAGCUACGGACGGCACAGGACAAGAUAGAGGAGAUGGAGAUGACCAACAGCCACCUGGCUAAGCGGCUAGAGAAGAUGAAAGCCAACAGGACAGCCCUUCUAGCCCAGCAGUAGGAGGCGGCCCUUCUACCUGGGUGCUGCUGAGGACCUUGCCGGGAGAUGCUGACUCUUUUGUACAUUGACACAAGCCCCUUCAAGUACUGUUUUGAGUCUUGUCAUUAAACAGCCACCUUUGUAUUUUAUAAUUUAUGAGAAUGAAGCAGGUUUAAUCGUUAAUGGAUUUGGAUUUUGUUUGUAGUUCACUUCUACAGUGAGAACUAGUCUGUGCUGUCUUUAUUUUCAACAUUCUAGAAUCACGUUUUCUCACCAUCUUCUUCCUGCCGCCUCGCUGACAGAGGCACUGGGUGGCCUUGCUGUGGGUUCUGGAGGAUGGCCAUUCUGAGCACUGAGACACUUGCUGGAGACCUCAAAAACCCAAGUGCCUUCUCCAAAGUGUGAUGCAGGCUUCAGAGACCAAUGGCCAAGGUUCCUCCUCUUCUUACCAGAGUGUUUACAUUUCAGUGAGGAUGUGUUCAGCAGUGGGGAGUCUGUUUCACUCAAAUUUAUGUUUGGAGGAAAAACCUUUUUUUUUUUUUGAGGGUAAGAUAUUUAAAUUAUAUAAAAGUUUUAGAAAACAAUAUGGGGAGUGUAUAUUAAACUUUGCUACAUGGGGCAGAGCAAGUCCAAGCCUGUACUCCAAAGACUAGGCUCCUCAGUCUUCACACCCACUGUGCUGUUCCGUGCGUUUUCAUCUGCUGCUUACCUGUGAAUGAAGCCUCAGACAAGCUCAAGGGAGGAGGGAGGGACAGUGCAGGCAGGCAGGGAAUCCGCCUGAAUCUACCUACUAAAACACACCUUUCUGCCAUCCACGAUUGGCUGAGGGCAGUCGAUGUUAAAGAAGCCUUUAGGACAAGUCAUGGCUACCAUGUACAGUCUUGCUCUUCUUUUCUCAAGAUGAGAUACUCUGGGAUACAGAACUUUCUUCUAGUUUUUUGAGAGAAAGGAUCGAUGUAGCCCGGCUGGCCUCCACCUCACAAUCAUCCUCAUUGGGCCUCUUUGAGUGCUGGGAUUCCAGGCAGGUACUUUCAUACCUGGUUCCAGAAUAUAAAGUCCUUAAGAACUUUCAUCUUUAAAGAGCCCAGUUCAAGAUACCCCUGCCCCUGCUGUAACCACUUUAUAGGGUUUGUGAUUCUCAUUUGUCAGAAUCAAGGUGGUUUCAUGGGAAUGAUUACUAUAGCUCAAAGUGUUUACAGAAACUAUAUUGAGGAAAAAAUCUAAUGAAUCAAAGCCUCUUAAUAAAUCUAGCCUUGGAACUAGAUAAUAAAAUUAACUCAAAAGUGAAUGAUAAUUGUCCCUUUUUUAGAGUCACUAGCCCUUCACUUUAAGGAUAUGGAAACUACAUCCUGAGCUGAGAAGAUCCUGUGCAUCUUCUAAUAGAAGCAACAAUUGUAUGGGCAGGAAUGCAGAUCUCUUAUCGUUUCUCAGCUACAAUCUGGUCAUCCAGCUCUUCACACCUAGAAGGCACCUCUUCCUUUCCACUGACGUCACUCAGCCUGAAUUCCUCCUGGGCUCCUGAACCUUCCCUCUGAGGAGCCCCUGCUUGGCCCUAGCCCUUGUUUUAGUCUAUUCAAUUGAAAUGGCUCUAUUUCUUCAUUAAGAUAAAUUGUUUUCUUUUAACCUUC